UAUUUUUUAGGACGGAGGGGUAAUUAACUGUAAUAUAACGUGUACCAGCUAGCUCAAUCCAUCCAUUAUGUUAAAGAAGAAAAAAAGUUUGGCACGAAUAUUGCUGCUUAAUCUUGAACAAAAAAAUGUGUCCUUCCAAAAAGUUCCAAACUUGCACGGUUGAUGAACACCUGUACGUAAUCCCAUCAUCGGCAAAAAAACGAUCGCUUUCAGCUCCUCCUGAAUCAUCGCGACGCGAGCUGACGUGCUGCCAUGGCCAUGAACACGUCGCCGGCCGCUAGCAUCAUAUUUGAUAAGCCAGCUUCAAAGUGGCUGUGUCGUCAUCUCCGGCGAUCGAGCGUGGUGCGCGGCGGCAUGGCGGGGCAGGGGCAGCGGCUGAGCGUGGUGCCGACGGUGACGACGCUGGGGAUGGUGAAGGCGAGGCUCGCCGGCGCCACCCGCGGCCACGCGCUGCUCAAGAAGAAGUCGGACGCGCUCACCGUCAAGUUCCGCGCCAUCCUCAAGCGCAUCGUCGCCGCCAAGGAGGCCAUGGGCGACGCCAUGCGCGCCGCCUCGCUCUCCCUCGCCGAGACGCUCUACGUCGCCGGGGCCCCGCUCCGCCACGUCGUCCAGCAGUCCGUCGGCCCCGCCCGCCUCCGCCUCCGCGCCCACCAGGACAACAUCGCCGGCGUCCGCCUCCCCUGCUUCGAGCUCUACCUCGCCACCUCCGCCUCCGGCGCGUCCUCGUCCGCGGCGACGUCGCUCUCGCUCGCCGGGCUGGCCGGCGGCGGGCAGCAGGUGGCGGCGUGCCGGGCGGCGCACGGGCGCGCCGUGGAGGUGCUGGUGGAGUUGGCGUCGCUGCAGACGUCGUUCCUGACGCUGGACGCGGCGAUCAAGGCGACGAACCGGCGGGUGAACGCGCUGGAGAACGUGGUGAAGCCGCGGCUGGAGAACACCAUCGCGUACAUCCGCGGCGAGCUCGACGAGCAGGAGAGGGAGGAGUUCUUCCGCCUCAAGAAGAUCCAGGGAUACAAGCAGCGCGAGCUGGAGCGCCAGAUGGAGUCGGCCAAGCGCUACGCCGAGGAGAAGGUCGCCGGCGAGGUCGCGCUCAAGCGCGGCGUCUCCGUCGCCACCGCCGAGAGCAUGCUGGAGAACGGCGAGAGGGACGAUGACGUCAUCUUCUGACCAUCCUGCCAGCGUUAGUUUUUCCCGCCGCUGACCUUUUGAUUUAUGUUUGACCUGAUCUUAUUU